GUAAGAACUGGCCAAAACUUGGCAGAAAAUGAAACUAGCUCCAGAUAUUUCAUAUUUCCCUGGAAAAUAACAAGACAAUCAUGUCAAGACAUAGAAAUGUUCGGUCUAUGAACUACGAUGAGGAAUAUUAUGAUGAAGAUGAAAGUUAUGGCCAUUCUGUAGAGGACAACUAUUGUGUGUCUCCAGGAACAGCUGCCCAGUUCACAUUCAACAGAGAGAAAGAUGUGGCCCUGUCACACUACAUGGAUGAGCAGGGCGGGAUUCCGGAAGAGGAUGAGCCGGAGGAAGGGGAGGAAACUCUCCAUGGCUCACAUGACUACACACGCCCAACACUCUCCAGUAUUGAUGAAGCGAGACUGAAUUCGUGCCUGGAGGAUGUUCGGAAUGUUCUUGGGGAGUCUGUGCCCGAUUCAAUGAUGGUCAGCACGAUCAUUCGCCAUAACUUCAGCAUUGAAUCAUCUCUCAAUGAACUUCUGAAUAAACAAGUUGAAGAAGCCCCAAAGCCACAACGGGAGCCGAGACAAAACCGGAGAAACAGAUCACAAGAACUAGAUGAUGACUUGUCAGACAAUCUUGAGUCUCCCAGUCAGGAUAGGGUGUUCUCUUACAGCCCUAUAGUGUCUGGAGGAAUCUUGAAAUUUGGAAAUAGUUUGUCUCCAAAAUCUCCGUCGUUUGUUAAAAGUCGACUGGCUUACAAGAAUGAUAAUAUUUCAACUGAGUUUGAUGAACAAAAUACAGUUAUGUUAGCAGCUGAAAAUGUGAAGUUGAAAAAUUUAGUGAAAAAUGUAAAAAAUCGAAACAAAUCAGAUACUAGAAAUGAUAUUAACAUUCAAUCAAACAAAAUUGACACAUUAAAAUCUCUGUCUGAAAAGACAACAGCAGCAAAAAGAGGUACAGCUCGAGGUAACAUUACAGAAACAACUAAUGAUCAAAACUCCAGCCUAUUGUCAAAACCAUCAAAUGCCUGCAAGAGCAACAUUCCUUUUACUGCUUAUCAGGAAGAAAAUAAUAACAAAACCUUACACAAUGACAUCUCAAAUGCUUCACCAUCUUUGUCAGACUUAGCCAAGUUGCAUUCGACUUCACCACAAAGAGCUGCUAUUCAGAGCAAGGGACUGUCACUAAAUGACCUUGCUCAAGCUCAUCAGAGAAUGUCACCUGUUGCCCAGAUAAGUGAAUGUUCUGCUAAACCCUCAGAAGGUACACCAUCAAAGCAAGCUUCAUUAGAAGAUUUGGCUAAAGCUCAUCAAGGUAAAAAGUCUGUCUCACCAGAUAUAAAGCAAGCAUUAGCUGUGCCCCAGCAAGCAUCUUUGGCUGAUUUGGCCAAAUGUCAUGGAGAAAAACAUGCAGCAAGUCAAUCUCCACUGUCACAUCUGGCAAAACAGCACAUUUCUGGAACAAAAGAAAUCAAGUCACAAAUUAUUUCAGGAAUUCAAUCACGAAACCAAUCACCAGCAAAUCCCAAUAUUCCUGCUAGCUCUCAAGGACAUUCAAAAUCGGCAGGGUCAACACCUCUGGGAUUUUCAUCUAUCAAACCAUCCAUACCCCAAGGUGGAUUAUCUUUAACAGAUCUCGCAAAAGCUCAUGGUGUUGAUAAGGGACCCUCAGGUGGUAAAACAAAAAGUGUAACCAUUGACAGACAACCUCUGUCACACACUGGCUCACUGCUCUCAGGAGACAUUUUCAAGAACAAAUCAGACAAAGCUCAGAUGAUGCUGUCUUUGUCAAACCUUGUGCAAAAGCAUGCAGCUAAAACAGAAGAUAAACGUACAGGUGAAAUUGUACUGACAAAACAAUCAUCCAACAGAGGCAGCUUUGAACAAAAGAUGUCCAUUGAUAAACUUGGAAGUCAAACUUCAUCAGGAUUAUCAUUAGCAGACUUGGUGAAGAAUAAGCAGAUGACCAGCAAGGCGAGUGUUGAUCAAAAUAAGAAAAGUCAAGAGAACAAAUCAGAGAAAAAUGUGGAACAUGCUGAACAAACUGACAAUGGAAAUGUAGAAAACCUGAAAGAUAAACAUGGUGAAGCUGAGGACAUACUUGAAGAUAUAAAAAAUAAGCUCAAUAUUUUUGAAGAAAAUAAGGUAGAAUGUAUCAAGCAUAUGAUAGAAGGACCAUCUCUGAUUGGAAAUACACUGUGUCUGCAUUUUACGAAGAUUAAGAAGUCCGGAACAAAAAUUAGGUAUAGAAAGAAACAUUUCCAGUACAGUUACCAAGUCAGAGACAGCAAGGAUAAAUCUAAUGUAACCUUGCAUGAAAUUAAAGCUUUUGAUUUCUGUAAACCCUCACCUGAUGAAAUUGUGAAAGAAAGGCAGAAAAUGGCUUUCAGCAGAAAUGGCGAUAAAAUGAAAUAAUUGACAUUGUACUAGUUAACAUGUUAAAGAUCUUUUAAACUUCUAUUUAAGGAAAUUUGCAAGUACAUGUAUGUUUUAUUGCAGUGUGUUUUUUGGGGCCAUAUUUCGGCCCAAUUCCCGACCUGAAAAAGUAUAUAUUUUUCACCUACCCUGGGUAAAAGAUUUCCCUUUUUUGGAGGAGCUUUGACCUCUAAACAUUGAGCAAAUAUAGCAAUAUAGUCCCAUUUAUGAACAUGUUGAUAGCUUUGUUGAUUAAAAGGUUUGAAAAAAGUUAUAUAACAUUAUGUGAAUCAUAUUAGUAUCUUUCCCUUUUUGGCAAAAAUGACGCUACUUUUCCUGUAUCAAAGAGCCCCGCUGCUAUUCCCUUAAAUGCGUAAAAAAACACUGUACUGAUGCAUAAAUUAUGUUGUUUCCAUGCUAUGCAGGGGAGACAUAUUGUUUUUAGUGCGGAUGUAUAUCCAUCUGUCACACCCCUUGACAAAUCUUUAUGAAACUUGGUUCAAAUAAUGACCACAUAGAAUGAUGUGUAGAACCCACGUUCCAAGGGUCAAGGUUAAUGUUCAAAGUUCAGGGCUAAAGGUUUGUGUACCUGCUCUAUUUCUCUUCAACUCCUCAAAGGAUUUUUUUAUGAAACUUAGGCAAAAUGUUAACACAUUUAUGCAGAACCAUUGCUCCAAGCAAGCUGGCUCAAUGUCAAGGUCACAGUUUAAGGUCAGAGGUUCUAGCCAUAGAAUUUGUGUAUACUUUUAUGUCUGCUGUAUUUCUUGCAUCCCUUGAAGGAUAUUCUGAAAAUCAGGUCAAAAACUCACUACAUCUACCGGUAUUUGCUCUGUUUUGUUAACAAACCUUUAAUGAUUUUCAAAACACUUGUGUCCAAUGUUAACCUCAUUGACACACCACCCACACUCCACACCAUAUCUCCCAACAUCAAAUGUAGUGGAACGGAAUGAGGCAAGCUUUGAGGGAAAUAUCUUAAUAGUUUCCAAAAACAACCAUCUAGUAAAAAAUAUUGAAGCUUUACAUUUGAUAAUUUUUUUGCCUUAAAUUUGCUCAUAUAAUUCAUGAAAUCAAAAUGUAAUAUUGAAAUUAGGAAUUGUAAAUACUCAUAUUUUUGUACAUGUUUUGUUUAUAAUGUAAUCAGAUAAAUGUGUCUUCAUACAUUUCCUAUUCAGCCAUGAUUUGUGUCUGUUUACCUUAAUUGUUUUGAUCUCACACCUUAAAUACAGCAUGAAUUGAAUAUUUGUAUGUUAAUUAUUCAAUAAAACUGUGACGCAAUCUGCAAAAGCUAGACCACAGCUAAAAUGACAUAACCUAAGAAGCCAUGUUUUUUCAACAUGCUGAUUUUUUUAAGGGUGACAGUUGGUUUAUUUUUACUUAUAUUUGUUACUUGACAGUGAAAAUAAAAAAACGCUGUCGCUCUUGAAGAAUCAGACUGAUGAAAAAAACGUGAUUUUGUCACAUACUAUAAAUUACACCUGUGGCCUUGUUUGCGCACAUUGCAUUACAUAAGCUCUCUUACAAUGUAUUUAUUCUUUUAUGUAACUAGUAACUUAUGUUUUGUAAAUAAAUGAUAAGUGUAAAUGAUAGUUCUUCCUCUCUGAUCACUCUCAACAUAAGGGAUUAAUGUGUAUUCAAGUGAUGUGAACUGUUGGAUAUUUCCAAUUCCUUAAACAAAUGAAAAAGUUGUCCUGUUAAAGAUAAAUAUUACAAUAAAGUUAAAAGGUAAGUUUGAUUUUCACAAAAAUACUGAUGUUUUUGGUGUUAAAUUUAAGAAAUUAUCUUAAUCACAACUUUUGAAUAAUUUGUAUUAUUUGCUGUUAAUAUGAUAACAUUUUAUGUGUUAACUGUUGUUGUUGUUUUCAUUUUUGUAGGGUUAAAGAUUAAAAGUAUCAUGCAUCUCACAAUUGUUUUAUCAUUGUUUAGAAA